AUGGCGUCCACCACAUCAGGUGGUUCUCCGAAAAACGCGACGGAAAACAACAACAUUAUUGAACGGAUGGCUCUUCGCUGCUCCAUGCAUCCAAGUUUGUGGCGCAGUUCAGAGUAUAAUCAGGCAAGUAUUUCUUAUUCAGUUCUUGAAAAACCUAUGGUCGCCGCUGGCAUCACCGCUGCUCUAAAGCAGUUUCAAGAAAUUGAGGAAGCCAAAAACCUGAAGUUCGUCGAGUCUCUAAAUAGCGAGAUUCCAAAGAGAAAGAAACAAUGCAAGGCUAUUGUCGAUGUUUUCAAAAUUCUCGAUUGUCCAACAGGAAUCGAGUCCACUCACUUAUUGCACCUAAACUACGAUGUGCUGACUCCAACUUGCCUUUGGAUUCUACAGAAGAGCCUUCUUAAGGAGGUGACCAACUUCAAGAAUCCGAUGUCGUUCACAACGUAUUUUCGGCAAUCUUUCAAAUCCCCGGAGGACUCUAUCAAAGCUUUUCGGGAAAGCUCCAUUUACAAGUGGGAGAGGUAUGAAAAUUUCAAAGAAAUGGUAUCCGGGAACAACUCGACUUCCCUUGCGAACGCUGUCAAUAUCGACCAGCUAAAUUUCGACAAAGAAAUUUUGGCUUUGGAGCAAAGACUUGAGGCAGAAGCUAAUGCUUAUUUCCAUCAUCGCACGGAAACACAAACACACGAGUAUGAAAUGUUCUGCGCUUUGACCAGAAAGAACGACUAUGAUCCGAAAUUGUACUCAAACCUGUUGAAAACUACGGAUAAGUUAAUGGAUCGAUUGAUGCAUUGUAAAGACCUCGUCCAUUCCGAUCUCCUCAGAAUAAGAAGAGAAUCAGGUGAACAUGAACCAAGAACCAAUGCACAAGGAAAAACCAUUGUUGAUAUGGAAUACUACCAGUGGGUCAAACUUGCGGACUAUGCCAAAACACUUGAAGGACGAUUCCAUGAUCUGGUUAUGAAAUUGGCAAAGGUAAUGACAGAAACACUUGCAUCAACGGAACAUGAGGCACAAAUUGAUAAGGUCGAUAUCAUGCCUGGACACAAGUUGGAAACGCUGGAAUCUCGCUAUUUGCCAAUUGACGAAACCAUUGGCGAUUCCGCUAUCGACAUAUACAAACGUCUGAGAACGUUUGUCCAAACCCACGAUCCUCAAGAUCUAAUCGAGAAACAUUCAGAGCAGUUCUAUAACUCGUACAAAUCCUAUGUGAGCAAUAUCAAUUUCAAACUAUCCGAUUUGUGUUGUAAAGCGAAUGUCAUGCAACACAACCGGAAUUCCCUGAAAGAAAAAUGUGAUAAUCUGAAAAGUGAGAUGAAGAAAAGACAACGGGAGGAAAUCAUCAUUGCUCAGAAAAUGAACAUUGCUCUCCGUGUGAACAUGGGAAAUGCUGAAGUGAAUUGCGAAUUGUCUACGCUUCUCCGCGGACUGGAUCAUAUCAAAGCGGAGAUGGACGAGAUUUUUGAAAGCAGAGUUAGUGAUGAAGACUAG